AUGGUCCUCGACCCCGAAGACAAUGUUAAUAUUAACAUUUCUGAUGGCCGUUCCAACGACAACGAGCCCGAUGACACAUCCAAGGAGGCCAUCAUGCCGGGUGAUGCUACCGACUCGAACGACACAUAUGAUGUCUUCUAUGCACCCCAUGACUGUUGA